AUGAAAGCACGUCAACAAGAAAAUGAACUCAAGGAUCGUCUAUCAAACAUUGCUGACACAUUAACAAAGAUCGAUCCACAGAAUAUGGAUUCUGCAAAGCAGCAAAUAACAUCAAUUGAUGCUGAAUUGCAGAAAUUGAGCGGUGUCGCGGAUGGAUGUCAUCAAUUUGCCACCAGCUUACCAACAGUCGUAACUCAUGAUGAUCUCGAUAAAACACUUCCCGAACAGGUACAGAAGUUGCAGAAGGAAUGUGAUGAGAAGAAAAAGGAUAUCGAACAGAUUGCGCAAUUGAAUGAAGUUGCACCUGAAAUUCUUCUUAUCUCUGAGAGUCUGCAAAAACAACCAGAAGAGAUCCCGCACAAUCUCACUGAUCAGCAGUCAGUGCUUGAAGAGCUCGAGACAAAGAAGCAACGUCUCGAAAAUCUAAUGCAAACGAUCCCCGCUGGCGAGGCAACGGAAGAACUACGGCAGAGAAGUGCUUGGGAUUUGUCGAAAUUGAAAGAUCUUUUGAAAAGGCUUGGUGAUUCAGUUGGAGAUAAGCUAGCCGCAUUGACUGCAUUCAAUGUUGCACGCAAAGAUGCUGAAGAUCAAUUGUUGCUGAUUACUAGUCCAGAGACCGAAGACAGAACACCUGAAGAUCUCAAAAAGGACGAAGAUUCACUUCAAAGGCUUCAGCAAAGUAUUUCUCAACUUGACAGUAAUGAACUCGAUGAUGAACAACGCGACGAACAUGCACAACUACUUGAUCGUAUCAAUAAGACGCUAGCCAUCAUAAAGGUACAUUAUAUGGUUGAUAAUUCAGGUUACCAAUUCAAUUAUUUCAUGACUAAAGUUUCCUAA